CACAAAAGCUGCGUGAAUGUACAACAUGAUGGAAACCGAUCUGAAACCUCCCGCCCCCCAGCAGACUUCGGGGGGCAACGGGAACUCCAACUCCUCGGCCAACAACCAGAAGAACAGCCCGGACCGAGUCAAGAGACCCAUGAACGCCUUCAUGGUAUGGUCCAGGGGGCAGAGGAGAAAGAUGGCCCAGGAGAACCCCAAGAUGCACAACUCGGAGAUCAGCAAGAGGCUGGGGGCCGAGUGGAAGCUGCUGUCCGAGGCUGAGAAGAGACCCUUCAUCGAUGAGGCCAAGAGGCUGCGAGCCCUGCACAUGAAGGAACAUCCGGAUUAUAAAUACAGGCCGAGGAGGAAAACCAAAACCCUGAUGAAGAAGGAUAAGUACACCCUGCCUGGGGGCUUGCUGGCGCCUGGGGGCAACUCCAUGGGCUCUGGGGUAGGCGUUGGGGCGAGCCUGGGAGCUGGGGUCAAUCAAAGGAUGGACAGCUACGCUCACAUGAACGGCUGGACCAACGGGGGGUAUGGCAUGAUGCAAGAGCAGCUCGGCUACCCGCAGCACCCGGGGCUCAACGCGCACAACGCGGCUCAGAUGCAGAACAUGCACCGCUACGACGUCAGCGCGCUGCAGUACAACUCCAUGACCAGCUCCCAGUCCUACAUGAACGGCUCCCCCACCUACAGCAUGUCCUACUCCCAGCAAGGUGCUCCAGGUAUGACUCUGGGUUCUAUGGGCUCCGUGGUUAAGUCAGAAUCCAGCUCCAGCCCGCCCGUAGUCACUUCUUCUUCCCACUCGAGGGCUCCCUGUCAGGCAGGUGACCUCCGGGACAUGAUCAGCAUGUACCUACCUGGGGCAGAAGUGCCAGAGCAAACUGCCCAAAGCAGACUUCACAUGUCCCAGCAUUAUCAGAGCGCAUCUGUACCUGGCACAGCCAUCAAUGGCACGCUUCCUCUAUCACACAUGUGAAAACAAAACAAUAAUCAAAAAGAAACUUUUAUUAGAGUUUGGACUUUUUUUGGACUAUUUUUGUACAGAGAAAAAAAUGGGAGGGGG